AUGUCAGCUCCACGAUCGUGCCAGCGAUGUAAGGUGUCUUCUGCAAGUGUAUUAAGCAGAAAAGAAUAUUUUUGUGAUACAUGUUUUCGUAAGUUCGUCUCGCUUAAGCAGAGGAAGCAGAUGAUGUCCGGCGAAUACUUUCAACAACUGUUCAAAGUAAUCUAUCAGGAUAAGAAGAAGACACAGGAAGAAGCGGACAUGAUUAAUAAUGAGUCGCGCAUUUUAGUCCCAUUAUCUUUGGGGUCGUCCUCUUUGGUCUUGCUAGAUAUACUUAAUGACACUCUUACUGAGCAGAAGCUCACUCACAAAGGAAAAACGGGGUUCCAAGUUGAUGUUAUCACGCUCUUUCUGACAAGCGAAGCUACUAAAGUCCGCGAGUUUGUGGAAAAAUUGAAAAGUGAGAGAUAUGUAUCUAAUUAUGACAAGUUGAAUUUUCACUUGAUCGACAUCCAGUCCUUCUUUCAAAGCGGCACCCAUCUCUUCCGGGUGAUAUUAGACGAUAUCUCUUACACAGCGAAGAAAUCAAAGUUGAAUGAAAAUGAAUAUUCAGUACAAGGGCUUUUGGAAUCUUUUACCAAUCGAUCGGCUCGUGAGGACAUUUUUUCCAUUUUAGUCGAAAGGCUUAUCAAAACGUUUGCAUAUCAACACAGUUUUAAAGCAAUUCUGUGGGGUCAUUCCAUGACUCGUUUAGCAGAUGGCAUAAUAUCAUCAGUGGUUAAAGGUCGUGGCUCUCAAAUUCCAGAUGCGUUAGACGACGAAAAUAUGGAUUCCAGCUAUGAAUGCAGAUUCAAAAACCUCCAUCCCCUACGAGAUGUGUUACUUUCUGAAAUUGAUGCAUACUGUUUCAUAACAGGAUUGACCGAGUACACCUAUCAGUAUCGGCCUCAACAGAAUCUACUAUUAGCAAGUGACUCGACUAAAGGAUCCAACAAUGCAACUAGUCGACUUGCUAGAAACAUGACAAUCAAUGAACUCGCAAGACAAUAUUUCGAAAACAUAGAGGAAGGAUAUUCGAACAUUAUUUCAACAGUCGUUAGGACAGGAGCAAAACUUACUAGCCCUAUUGAUACGCUGUCAGAGCAGCAACAAUGCUGUAUUUGUGAGCAGAGAAUAUAUAAAGACGGUUCUGCGUGGCUUCGUGAUAUCACUGUUAACAAUGGACAUCCGCUUGAGGGAAGAGAAGAUGAGGCAUAUUUCAAGUUAUGGUCUGAAUCGCAGCAAGGACAAGAAAGAAGCGGCUACAUUUCACUGAAGACACAAAUGGCUGCUAAGGGUCUUGACGCACCAAUAUGCUAUGGAUGCAUUAUAACGUUGGGAGAUGUUAAAAAUAAGACCAUCUGCUGGCCAAUUUGUGAAGAAAUUGAAUCUAGAAAGGUGUUAAAUGAGUUUAUAAUAGGCGAUGACAGUGAUGAUGAUGCUUAA